CUGCUGUGCUGCUGUGUUCCCUCCCGCCGGCUCUCAUGCGGUGCUGAAAAGGGUCAGGAAAAGUGCUGCAGCUGAGGGCAGAUGUCGGCGUUUGUCGGCGUUUUUCCUUUGUUAGACUUUGUGUUUGUCUUUGAGGAAGGUUUAUUUGUAAACAAGGCGUUAUGGAAGCGCCGACCCUUUACACAAAGUAUGCCCGAGUUUGGAUCCCAGACUCUCAGGAGGUUUGGAGAUCUGCAAAGCUUACCAAAGAUUACCGACCAGAAGGUGCUGCAUUACAGCUACAGCUCGAGGAUGGCACGGAGCUGGAAUACAAAUUAGACCCCAGAAGCAACAAUCUGCCACCCCUACGUAAUCCAGACGUCCUUGUGGGUGAAAACGACCUCACAGCUUUGAGCUACCUACAUGAACCGGCCGUGCUGCACAACCUGCGCGUCAGAUUCAUUGACUCGAAGCUUAUCUACACUUACUGCGGAAUCAUCCUGGUGGCUAUCAAUCCUUAUGAGACCCUGCCAAUCUAUGGUGAAGGCAUCAUCAAUGCAUAUAGUGGCCAGAACAUGGGAGACAUGGAUCCACACAUUUAUGCAGUUGCUGAGGAAGCAUACAAACAAAUGACUCGAGAUGAGAGGAAUCAGUCAAUCAUAGUGAGCGGGGAGUCUGGAGCAGGGAAGACUGUAUCUGCCAAAUAUGUCAUGCGAUACUUUGCCACAGUCAGCGGCUUGUCCACAGAGACCAGCGUGGAGGAUAAAGUGCUAGCGUCCAGCCCUAUAAUGGAGGCGAUUGGAAAUGCAAAGACAACCAGGAAUGACAACAGCAGUCGCUUUGGGAAAUACAUCGAGAUUGGAUUUGAUAAGAAUUACCACAUCACUGGGGCUAACAUGAGGACGUACCUGCUGGAGAAGUCCCGGGUCGUAUUUCAGACAACUAAAGAGCGCAACUAUCACAUCUUCUACCAGCUGUGUGCCUCUGCGCAUUUACCUGAAUUAGAAGCUCUGCACUUGGGCAGCGCAGCUGAGUUCCACUGCACCAAUCAAGGGCAAAGCUUUGUCAUAGACGGGGUAAAUGAUAUUCAGGAAAUGCAAGUCACACGGAGGGCUUUCUCACGUCUAGGUAUUGGUGAAGAUCAACAGUUGGAUUUGUUCCAAAUCCUGGCUGCCAUUCUUCAUCUGGGCAAUGUAGAGGUGACUGGGAAAGGCUCAGGAAAUUGCAGCAUCUCAGCUGAAGACAGACACCUGGUUAUAUUCUGUGAUCUCUUGAUGGUGUCUCCUGAGGCCAUGGCCCGUUGGCUGUGUCAUAAAAAAUUGAAAACUGCUACAGAAACCUUCAAUAAGCCUCUGGCCAAAACGGAGGCAGUGGACGGUCGUGAUGCCUUAGCUAAGCACAUCUAUGCCAGGCUUUUUACGUGGAUAGUUAGUCAGAUCAAUAAAGCUCUGUACUCAUCCAUCAAGCAGCACUCAUUCAUUGGGGUGCUGGACAUCUAUGGGUUUGAAACGUUUGAAAAAAACAGCUUUGAGCAAUUUUGUAUUAAUUAUGCGAAUGAAAAACUGCAACAACAGUUUAACAUGCACGUGUUCAAACUGGAGCAAGAGGAAUACUUAAAAGAAGACAUUCCAUGGACUCUAAUUGAUUUCUAUGACAACAAGCCAUGCAUUAACCUGAUUGAGGCAAAGUUGGGAGUGUUGGGUUUGCUUGACGAGGAGUGCAUGAUGCCAAAGGGAUCAGAUGACUCAUGGGCACAAAAGCUUUAUAACACCCACCUAAAGAAGAGUGUUCACUUUGACAAACCACGCAUGUCCAACAAGGCCUUCAUCAUCCAUCAUUUUGCAGACAGGGUGGAGUAUCAGUGCGAGGGAUUUUUGGAGAAAAACAAAGACACAGUGAAUGAGGAACAGAUAAAUGUCCUGAAAUCAAGUAAGUUUCCUUUGCUCCUGGAGCUCUUUCACGAAGAAGAAAAAACUCCAAGCAAAGUAGCUGAACUAUUUCGAACAAAGAUGGUACAAGUCGGCCAGUCGUUCAGAGAGCACAAGAAAUCUGUUGGACUGCAGUUUCGAAAUUCUUUGCAGUUGCUCAUGGACACUUUGAAUGGCACAGCUCCUCACUAUGUGCGCUGCAUAAAGCCCAACGACCAGAAAACUCCCUUUGUAAUGGACCAGAUUAGAGCAGUGCAGCAGUUGAGGGCGUGUGGCGUACUGGAGACUAUCCGUAUCUCUGCAGCAGGAUUUCCAUCCAGGUGGACUUAUCAGGAGUUUUUCAACCGGUACCGAGUUCUGAUGAAGCGGAAGGAGGUGCUAUCAGACAUGAAAUUAACCUGCCAGAAUGUCCUAGCUCAGCUGAUACAGAACCCAAAUAAGUACCAGUUUGGGAAAACUAAGAUCUUCUUCCGGGCAGGGCAGGUGGCAUAUUUAGAGAAGCUGCGGGCAGAGAAACUCCGUGUGGCCUGCGUGCAGAUCCAGAAGACCAUCCGCUGUUGGCUUGCCCGCAAGAAAUAUCUGCGUCUGCGCAGAGCUGCAGUCACUGUUCAGAGAUACACCCGCGGACACCAGGCUCGGGCCUUGUAUAAGUUCCUGAGAAGGACCAAGGCAGCUGUGGUCAUUCAGAAGUACCAGCGAAGAUAUGCAGCCAGGAGGCUUUAUAGGCAGAGACAAGCAGCAGCAGUGCUCCUUCAACGCCUGCUCCGUGGGCACGAAGCCAGACUGCGAUACAGACAGCUCCGGUAUGAGCAGAAGGUGGUGGUGGUGCAGCGCUGGGUGCGUGGAUGGCUAGCACGACUGCACUACAGACGCACGGUACAGGCUGUGGUGUAUCUGCAGUGCUGUGUGCGCAGGAAGCUGGCUCGACGAGAGCUCAAGAGGCUCAAGAUUGAGGCACGUUCAGUCGAACACUUUAAGCAGCUCAGUGUAGGCAUGGAGAAAAAGAUAAUGCAGCUACAGAGGAAAGUGGACGAGCAGCAUAAAGAGAACAAGCAGCUGUCAGAGCGCUUAUGCGCAGUGAAGAGCUGGAGUUUGGCAGAAAUCGAUAAAUUACACACCCAGCUAGAAAGCCUGCACAGUGUGGAGGAAGAAGCCCGGCGUUUUAGUGGCCAGGUGUCUGCUCUGGAAAAGGAGCUGGGAUUGACACGGCAUGAACUGGAAAGGAACAGAAAGAUGCUGGCUGAGCUAAAAGAGACCAACUGUCUGCUGAAGUCUGAGAAAGAUGAGCUAAACAGAUUGAUCCAGGAACAAAGCCAAAAGAUUACUGAUCAGCUUCAGGAGACCUAUAAGGAACACACUGAGCAUUUGCAGAUGGCACUUAAUGAAGAGCGUACACGCUACCAGAACCUUCUGACUGAACACAUCAAACUCGAGGCUCAGUACACUGAUCUGAAAUCAGAGCAAGAGGCUGAAACUUAUGCCAACAAAUUAGGUUACUUAAGGAACGACUCUGCUUUCAGCAGCAAUGAAUCAGAAUACACUCAUUGUUCAGAGUCAGAGGUCAGCAUACAGGCUCAAGAGGAGGAGGUAAAGGGAAGUGUGGAUGCUGCUCUCCUGCUGAAGCUGCAGAAGCGAGUGGCUGAGCUGGACCAAGAGAAGACAAAUCUGCAGAGAGAGUGGGAUUGCAGAGAGAAGCAGCUCCUCCAGGAAAACGCCAAGCACCUGGAGGAGUGUCGGAGAGCUUUAGGAGCUGAGAGAGACUAUGAGGCCCAGAAGCGACAGGACCUGGAGGCAGUAAAUAAUAAGCUGAAGAAGGAUCUGAAUGAGCUGCAUGUGUCUGUUACUGCGGGGAAGGGUUCGGGGUUGGCCCCUGCCUAUAACCUGCUUCUGGAGCAGCUGAGCUCCACUUCUGAGGAGUUGGAAAUGCGUAAAGAGGAAGUGCUUAUACUGCGCACUCAGCUGGUCAACCUAGAAGACUUUAAGUACAAGGACUCCGCAGUAGAAAGUAACUCAAGCAAUCCCAGCAGAUCCCCCACUCUAGAUCUACAUGAGCUGAAUGAGGAUGGAGAGCUAUGGAUGGCAUACGAAGGACUGAAGGAAACUAACAGGGUGCUGGAGUCUCAGCUGCAAGCUGAAAGACUAAGUCAUACAGAGGAGCUGGAGGCCCUGAGAACAGAGUUGCAGCUCCUGAAAGAGGAGCGUGAUCGGCAUCAUCUUCACUCCGAUUCAGUAAAACCGCCUCAGGAUGUUGGUAUAAACUCAGCUCUCCAGAACGAGAUCACUCGUCUCACACGCCAUAAUCUGGAACUAAUGGAACAAAUGGACAAUCAGGACAAAACCACUCGCAAACUGAAGAAACAGCUAAAGAUGUAUAUGAGGAAGCUUGAGGAAUCAGACAGUACCUCUUUGGAUCAGCCUUCUACAGAAACUAGAGUGGGUGAAACUCUGCCAGAGGUGAACAUCCUGCGCAAAGAACGGCACUUUCAGGGUAUGCUGAAGUACAGGAAGGAGGAUGAGACCAAGCUUUUUAGGACCCUAAUCACAGAUCUAAAGCCCAGAGGGGUUGCAGUAAGCAUGCUUCCAGGCAUCCCAGCUUAUAUUCUCUUCAUGUGCCUCCGCCACGCUGACUACACAAACAAUGACCAGAGAGUCCGCACACUGCUCACCAACUCAAUCAGCAGCAUCAAGAGUGUGCUGAAGAAAAGAAGCUCUGAUUUUGAGAUGGUGUCAUUUUGGAUGGCGAACACCUGCCGCUUCGUGCACUGCCUAAAACAGUAUAGUGGAGAAGAGGUCUACACAAAACACAACUCUGCCCAGCAGAAUGAACAAUGUUUGCUGAACUUUGACCUUACUGACUACAGGCAGGUUCUGAGUGAACUGGUUAUGCAGAUUUACAAGCAGCUCUUCAAAUGCAUGGACGACAGCCUCCAGCCUAUGAUCGUGCCAGCCAUGUUGGAGCAGGACACCAUCCCUGGUGUGUUGGGGCUCAAGCCAACAGGGUUAAGAAAGCGUACCUCUAGCUCUUUCACAAUGGACUCCAUUUUGAAACAGCUUGAUUCAUUCCACUCCACUCUGCUCCAGCACGGCAACGACCCCGAACUCAUCAGACAAGUGCUUAAACAACAGUUUUACGUCAUCUGCGCCACUACACUCAACAGCCUUCUCCUGCGCAAGGACAUGUGCUCGUGGAGCAAAGGGCUUCAGAUCAGAUAUAAUGUGAGUCAGCUGGAGGAGUGGUUGAAGGAAAAGGGAAUGCAGGGUGGCGGCGUGCAGGAAACUCUGGAGCCUUUGAUCCAGGCCUCUCAGCUGCUGCAGAUCAAGAAAAAGAGUCAGGAAGAUGCAGAGGCCAUCGCCACAACAUGCACAGCUCUCACUGCCACACAGAUUGAGAAGAUCCUCAACCUGUACACACCAGUAAAUGAGUUCGAGGAAAGAGUGUCUGCAUCAUUCAUGAAAUCAGUAAAGGCAUUGUUAAAGGACCGUCAGGAGUCUCAUCAGUUGCUCAUGGACAGUAAACUUCUAUUUCCCUUCAGUUUUCCCUAUAAUCCAUCUACUGUUGCCCUAGAGAGCCUUCAGCUCCCCCUAAGCCUCAACCUCGGCUUCCUCACAAGGGUUUAACAGGAACCAGGAGCAUUUAAUUCACCUGAAGCCCAAAGAACACUUUCAGUGCAUUGAGAUAAAUAUUUAAAGGAAAUUAGUACAAAAUAAUUAAAUUAUAAAAGAAGAUUACUAGGGAUUAUUCUAGUGCUUUAUUUUCACCAUUACCAUUUACGUAAUACAGUAAUAAUAAAAAUAUUAUAAAAAAAUAUAAAAAUAAUAAUAAAAAUCUGUCCUUUAGGAGGACACAGAUCAAAGCAUCUAAAAUAAAUUGGCAUAAAAUUGGUAUUUUAAGAUAGUAACUGUAAUAAAAUUGCUAUUUUGAUUAUUAUCAGAGUUCUUCAGGUCACUAAAGAAGACCUUAAGGACAUUUUGUCCAUUUGGCUGCUUAACACCAUGCUGUAGGUCUGUGCAGAAAGUACUUCUUCAUAAGGUAGCCACAUAUUGUUUAUUUAGUACAAAAAAAAAUUGUUUCCUUAUGAUGUAAGCAAAGUGAUAAAACCUUAAAUAAUUAUGUAAAAGGUCCAUCUGUUUAAACUCCUAAUGAACUUAAAAAAAAAAAUGACAGUGAUCCGCUCUGCAUCAUAGGUGUAAAGAAUUUGGGAUUUCACUAAUCAGUGCUUUGUGAUAUUAUGUUCAUGACUUUUUGCUCUUAGUCUGUCCUUGGUAACUUCCAAUUUUAAUGUUCCUCUAUUUAUAUUGUAUUUUCAAGAACUAAAAGAGCUAGAUUAGGAAGGAACUGAGGAAAAAUGGUGGAUAAUUAUUCCAGGCCUCUCGAUGAUGUCCACACAGUCUUUCAUGGGCCCGGGUUCAAUUCCCGCCAAUGCCUAAAACCCCAGUCACUGGAUGCAGACCGGUCCCAAGCCUGUAAAAUGGGAGGGUUGCAUUAGGAAGGGCAUCCAGCAUAAAAGCUGUGCCAUGUUGUUGUGUCUGCUUUGGCGACCCCUCGAUAGGAGCAGCUGAAAGACUAACCACAACAAAUCUUAUGACUACAAAAUUAUACCAUAUGACUAGGGGGAUUGUUCAUGAGAUUGGUGUGUGUGUGUGUGUGUGUGUGUGUGAGAGAGAGAGAGAGCGAGAAUGGUGCACUAUGUUUUGGGAUGGGCUCUAGAGCCACUGAGACCCUUAUAAAGUGGUUAAUAAAUCCAUUGUGAUGUGAUAAUAAAUCUGUUAUGUGCAUAUGUAUUAGAAUAUGAAAAAAAGAGUAAACUUUGUAUUAAAAUAGGACAGUGUUUAAUUUUUUUAAAAAGCUUAUUUAAUCUUAAAUGUCAAUUGAUCAGCAUUCUUUGUGUAAAAAUAAACAAA